CAUGAAACUUGACUAUGUGCUCGAGCAAGUUUUACUUCUCCCUAGUGCAGGGGUGUGUGCCAGCAGGCUGCACUCUCAGAAAUCAGACUCAAGUGACUGGGACCCUUGCGAUCAAGGGCUUACCAUGCUACUCCCGAAGAGCGCCAAGGACCACUGACAUUACCACUGGACGGUGAUUCGUGGCUCGUAUAAUUACCAAAAAGAAUGGACAAGCUUAAUAAAAUAACUGUCCCCGCCAGCCAGAAGCUGAGGCAGCUUCAAAAAAUAGUUCAUGACAUGAAGAACAAUGAAGGUGGAAUAAUGAACAAGAUCAAAAAGCUGAAAGUCAAAGCACCUCCAAGUGUUCCUCGAAGGGAUUAUGCCUCAGAGAGCCCAGCUGACGAAGAGGAGCAGUGGUCAGAUGACUUUGACAGCGAUUACGAAAAUCCAGACGAGCACUCAGACUCUGAGAUGUAUGUGCUGCCGGCUGAGGAGGCCGGGGAUGACAGCUAUGAGCCGCCGCCCGCUGAACAGGAGACACGGACAGUUCACCCGGCCCUGCCCUUCACCAGGGGGGAGUACGUAGACAAUCGAUCAAGCCAGAGGCAGUCUCCGCCCUUCAGCAAGACCCUGCCCAGUAAACCUAGCUGGCCUUCAGCAAAAGCGAGGCUGGUCACUCUGCCGGCCGCAGCCACUCUGCCGGCCCCAACCUCUCUGCCAAAACCUCAAGUCCCACCCAAACCCAAAGAGCUCCUGGAGGAUGAGGCUGAUUAUGUGGUCCCUGUGGAAGAUGAAGAUGAAAACUAUAUUCAUCCCACAGAAGACAGUUCACUCCCAUCUGAAAAAGCUCCCAUGGUGAAUAGAUCAACCAAGCCAAAUAACUCCUCAAAGCCAGCCUCUCUUCCAGGGACAGCUUCAGGUCGAAGCAGUGGGGCCUGGGACUCUAAGUCAACUUCAUCACCGGCUGCGCCGUCCCCACUGCCCAGGGCCGGGAAAAAAACAGCUAUGCAACUGAAGACAACUCCAGUUGCCUCUCAACAGAAUGCCUCAAGUGUUUGUGAAGAAAAACCUAUACCUGCCGAACGCCACCGAGGAUCUAGUCACAGGCAAGAAAAUAUGCAGUCACCAGUGUUUCCUCCUGCCCAAAAACCAAUCCAUCAAAAACCCAUUCCUCUGCCAAGAUUUCCAGAAGGGGGAAGCCCAACCGUGGAUGGCCCAUUACCUAGCUUUCCAUCUAAUUCCAAUUUAUCAGAACAGGAAGCUGAUGUUCACUGUAAACCAUGGUAUGCCGGUGCCUGCGAUCGGAAGUCAGCUGAAGAGGCUUUAUACAAAUCAAACAAGGAUGGAUCAUUUCUUAUUCGGAAAAGCUCUGGCCAUGAUUCCAAACAGCCAUAUACACUAGUUGUAUUUUUUAAUAAGCGAGUAUAUAAUAUCCCUGUGAGAUUUAUUGAAGCAACAAAACAGUAUGCUUUGGGCAGAAAGAAAAACGGUGAAGAGUACUUUGGAAGUGUUGCUGAAAUCAUCAAGAAUCAUCAACACAGUCCCCUGGUUCUUAUUGACAGUCAGAAUAACACAAAAGAUUCCACAAGACUGAAAUAUGCAGUUAAAGUUUCAUAAAUUAAAAAGGAUUAAAAAAAAAGGAAGUCAACAUCAUUGCAUCAGACACUUUCCCUAUUUCUACUUUCGAGGAAAAAGUCCAAAAACUUCAUAUUUUGGAUUACUGCUCGUCCAGUAAUAAAACAGAAGAUGAGGAAGCUGUUGAGUUGAUCAUGAAUUUCCAUAUAAGAACCUCACAUGGACUUGUCUACUGACUGAUCUGAUGAACUGUAAUAUCUGGUGAGGCUGAGUUAUCAUGCUACUAACAUUCUCCAAAUAAAUGUCUCUAUUUAAAAGAAACAAG